AACAUGUCAGUGUGCGGGGAGCACGAAGUACCUCUGCCACCCCAUUCGGAUCAUGUCACCACCGAAGCUACGACCACAGCUACCCCUGUGCGAUACCCCCCCUACACCCCUCCGCCAGAUGUGAUCUAUCCCCCUGACAGCGUUCCUAACCCUCACGUAGGGGUCAUGGACGAGCAGCCCGUAUACGACCCGUUUCCAGCUGGUUCACUAUACCGACCUCGUCUUAUCCCGCAUGACAUGGAUGAGAGGAUAGACAAACGCAGUGUAUGGAUAGCAGUGGACAAAAGCGACCAUGCUGUCUACUUCUUACUUCCCUCUUGUCUCCGUUGCAGUUCUCCCAGCAUUGCCCAACUAUGUGACCGUUCCCGACCCCAUUGUGGUCGUUGUGCAGGUAAAAACAUACCUUGCGAAUAUGGUACUUAUUGGAGUUUGAUGAAAUUACGUUCUUCCCUACCUGUGAAAAAAAGGAAAUCAGAGAUCAAACCUUCCAAACUUCAACAAGUCACUACCCCAGAUCCUCAUGAAGAACCUUCACCUCCAAUACUGGAGACGGAAUUGGUUACCGAAACUGUCGUAACGGAGAAUCGUUCCACCAAAGUCCGUAAGAAAGCACGUCGAUUAUCGGAAAGUCCUUCGCCACCUCCGACUAUACCUACGAAUAGUGUAUACCUGAAACGUCAAAUCCGUCCAAUUGUUCCUAAAUUACACGACGAUGAGGGAGACCCGGAAGCUUAUGCUAAGCGGGUUCGAGUCAACGCGACUAAACCCCCAUUACGAACCAGAGGAGAAUGUCCCGUCUGGGCUGAAACAUGGGAGGAUCUCAAUGGAAUAGCUCACUUUGCGGAGCUGGUCAGGACAGAAGGUGGAAGGAUUUCCAUUGCAAGAGGUGGAAUGGCUAGAGGUGUUGUUCUUAGUGGUCAAGCUCCAGGUUUACAUGGUUGGUGGAGUGUGGAGGAAAAGGUGGGAUCGGUGGUCGUGAGCUUGGGUCAAUCAAGGAAGCCAUAUGCAAAGGAUCAGGAGGGUGAAGAAUCAGGGGAGAUAGAAGCUUUGUUGAAAGCUCAUCGGGCGAGAUCUCCACUGGCUUUAGCCGUUAGUCAUGAUUAUUCGGCGAUACCGGUGCAUAUUCCAAAACCUAUCAUCGUUCUAGGAUGGUUCUGGGUGACAGAUGCAUGGCUUGAACCGGAGUUCAACAACUUUACACCUACGUCUACUAAGUCAGCCCAAGCGGAAGAUGUAAUGAGGAAAGUGCGAUGGAAGAUUCACUUCGAAUACUGUGCGGGACAAUCUCUUCCUUGGUGGACUACGAUCUUUCCAGUGUCACUUCCAAUUCCCACCGAUAAUGGCUUGUGGUCAACAUCUGACGUAGGCCUCUUCGGAUCUCAAACAGUCGUGCGAUCUCCUCCUGUCAGGGUCAGUGGAGUAGCCACCAUAGCUCAACUGCUAAAUCCUAUCGACGACACCCCUCCCAAUGCUCCGCCUUCCGCUUGCACCCGUCAAGGACGUGCACGUCUGAAAGAAGAAGCUGAAAAAGCGACUCAUCGAUGUGAGACAUGCAAUUCGACCACUCGGAGGGUAUAUGAGCAUGCUGAGAUGUGUCUAAAUGAAAGUUGUCCUGAAAUUUUCAAAGAUGUAUCUCACAGUAAUCAGCUAGGACCACCUGACAAUGUUCCAGCGAGGGUCAGGGCAGAAACUCGUUUAGACCCACUUAACCUUCGCCUAGACUUUCGUACUAAAGUUUCGGAUGUGGGUUAUGUGGUGAGAGAGACAGCAGGAAAAGAAUAUUGGGCACCUUCUUUAUGUGCAGGAUGUGGGAGAGCCAACUCUACUGUUGAUACUCUUCAACCCGAGUGUGGAGUAUGUGGUGAACAAGUUCGAAGACAUAAAAAAGUAUGGUCCGCUGCUGAACUUCGAGCGCCCAUGAGACCCAUCUGUACGGGUCAGAGGCAGGACUCCGGAUUUCCAACCUGGCCUACGAAGUGACGCGGGAUGUCCCAGUGGAAAAUACCCCACUUUGUGGCCAAAAAUACUUGUGAAACGUAUCAAGACAUCAAAUUUAAUCGACCCGUGAUAUGUUAAGUGUGGACAAUAUACAAUAAUAACACGGGCACUUCCCUCCCUCUCUGUGAAAUAACAAGAAUCAACAUAAAAGUGCAUGGAUUGGAAUCGUUC